GAAUCGAUACUUGUUUCUGAACAAAAUAAAUAAAGAGUACAACUUGUAAGUAACAGCGUCAUUAUUAGCAAACAUCAUUGACAAUUUAUUUAAUUGGAGAGAUAUAUUUCAUUGUUUGUAAUUUAAGAAUGGGAUGCGAUGGCGGAACAAUUCCGAGGCGCGAUGAGCUGGUGCGCGUAAAGCAAAAGCCAGAGCAGAAAGACAAGGAUGCGGAGAGGGAGUUCCGCUGGCGCCACUGCACCUUGACCCAACAGAGCCUCCAGGAGCCCAUUGCUAUGUGCGGCAUGGGUAGACUCUACUCCAAACAGAGCGUCAUCGAGCGACUCCUCGAGAAGGAACCAAUGCCGGAGACAGCGGCUCAUGUGAAGAGCUUGAAAGACAUUCGCCAGCUGCACCCUACACCCAAUCCCGCCUUCACCGAGGAGGACAAGACCGAGGGUCUGCUGGACACACGUCAUGCUCCCUACAUCUGCAAGCUGAUUGGUCUGGAAAUGUCGGGCAAGUUCCGAUUUGUGGCCCUCUGGAGCUGCGGAUGUGUGGUUUCCGAGCGGGCCUUAAAACAGAUCAAAGGAAGCGCUGCCAGCACUUGUCCCUUGUGCCAGGCCCCCUACAGUGUAGAGGAUGUGGUGGUACUUAACGGCAACGACGAGGAUCUGGAACUAAUGAAGGUUAAAAUGGAAAUGCGAGCAGCCAAGCGCAAGUCAUCGAAAAAGGAGAAGAAGGAAGCUAAGAAAACAGAGAUUAAAGCUGAGCCAGAGGAUUCCGAGGAGCCCGUGGCAUCCACAUCCAAGUCAGCCGCUGUGGAUAAACCCACAACCAGCUCGAAAGUGAAAGCAGUAGCGAAGGUCAAACGAUUGGGGGCUGUAAAUGCCAUGCAAGAUCCGGAACUAAAGCGCCUUAAGAGCGACUUCAGCGUGGCCAAGGAUCCCAAGGCCACCGAUGUCUACAAAUCUCUUUUCACCACCCACAAGACAGAGAAGGAUCAGGAGCGCGCCCACUGGGUCACCUACAACCCCUUCUACAAUUAGUUUAGAGCUUAAGUUUGCUGUUUAAUAUCAGUCACUUGGGGACUUGUCCGUAGCUUGAACGUAGAAAACCAGACACAAAUAGUUCAAAAAAAUACAACCGACUAUGUAUCGUUCAGCCUACCAAAA